AAACCCGAGCAGAAACAAACCAGAUUUCUUGAUGGUUUUGAGUCACACUCUGGUUCUGUUUGUGUGUUUUCUCUGUCAGUGACAUUGACCGCCACACAGUUGGUUCUACACGACAGAACCAGCCGAACAAUCAGCGUCUGUCUCUUUUCACCUCUGAUGAGUGGAAAGCAGCCGCGCUGCUCUGCCGCUGGAGUCCCGGCGCAUAUCAGCUCGUGGCACUCGCUGCAUGGAAAUAGAUGGCAAAGGGGCUGGGGAGCGAGCGGAGCACAUUUCCUGCAUACCUCUCUCCCUCCCUCCUCUGAGCGACUCCUCGCUCGGCUGUUUUUCUCCCUCAAAGACAGAAGCCUCCGUGAGCGGCUGAGGAGAGCUGCUGUCCUCCCCUACCAUCAUUUCAUUCAUCUUUUCUGAGGCUUUCAUUGGAUUUGGGUUUCUGAUGUCCCUGCUGAGGCUCUGUGGGUGGACGCCGGCUGGUGCACUUGGGACAGGGUGACGGCAGGAGAACUUUGCAAUCUUCACACCUUUCUCUGUGAAUCUGGUCAUUUUGCUGCUGGGAGACCUGUCACCGAUGGAGGGGAGUUUGCUGUAAUGGAUGACUCAUUUCCACUCCUCGGUCAGCUGGAGGUAGAUUGUCGUCCUCUUUCUGUUUCCACUUUACGGUUACACUUCAGGGUUUGUGGAGACUUUCGCCGAGCUUUAAAUUUGUCCAGUAAGUGUGAAGUUUGGAGGAGCGAAGCGAGACCAAUCGUGGCUGAUGAAAGCUCGGCUGAGUGGUGAACCAAAAGGGAAGUCCCGGCAUGACAACCAUGUCCAUGGAGCCUGUGGGAGUCCUGGUGGAGCGAGCCACCAACGCCACCGCCCCGCCUUCCAACUCAUUUGAGGACACAGCUGCUACCUACACCAUAGGAACCAUCCUCUCCAUCAUGUGCCUGAUCGGAGUUUCAGGGAACAUUUACACACUGGUGGUCAUGUGCCACUCCAUGAGGGCUGCAGCCUCCAUGUACAUCUACAUCAUAAACUUGGCGAUGGCGGACCUGCUGUAUCUCCUCACAAUCCCCUUCGUGGUCUGCACACACUUUCUGACGGGGUGGUACUUCGGGGAUGCCGGGUGUCGUAUACUCAUCAGCAUGGACUUCCUGACCAUGCAUGCUAGCAUAUUCACGCUGACAAUCAUGAGCACGGAGCGCUACUUCGCAGUCCUCAAACCGCUUGACACGGUCAAGAGGUCCAAGAGCUACAGGAAGGCCAUCGCUCUGCUGGUCUGGGGUGCCUCUCUGAUUCUCACCCUUCCGAUGAUCGUCAGCAUCCAGCUGAUGACGGUGGGCACCAAGGCCAUGUGCCAGUCCACUUUGUCCUCGCUUUCGUACAAAGUUUACAUCUCCUUCCUGUUUUGCACGAGCAUCGUCGCACCAGGACUGAUCAUCGGGUUCCUCUACAUCCAGCUGGCACGCACCUACUGGAUUUCCCAAACAGAAACCUUCAAACAGACCAAGAAACUACCCAACCAAAAGGUGCUCUACCUGAUCUUCACCAUCGUGCUCCUCUUCUGGGCGUGCUUCCUGCCGUUCUGGAUCUGGCAGCUCCUCGGACAGUUCUACCCCUCGCUGCCCCUCUCCACCAAAGCCAAGCGCAACAUCAACUACCUGACCACCUGCCUGACCUACUCCAACAGCUGCAUCAACCCCUUCCUGUACACGCUGCUCACCAAGAACUACAAGGAGUACCUGAGGAAGCACAAGCGCUCCUGGACGGCGGGGAACUACUUCAACCGGCGGAGCCGCUUUCAGCGCUCACCUCGCCGGUCGCCGUCCGCCAGCAGUCAGCAGUGCACGGAGAGCUUCAUGCUGACAAACACAGCCUCGCUGAGAGCUCACAGCAGCAGUCUAUAAGCGUCCUGCAUCAUUUAUCCGGACCGAGGAUCAGCAGCGCCGCCUCCCCUCCAGCCACAGGGGAUGAAAAGCGGAUACCGUCCUCUCUCCGAUCCUUUUUCCCAGCAAAUAAUUGAUCAUUUGAGAGAAAAGAUUCUCUGAAAAACAGAGGAUGCAUUAUUUAACCUGGACCAGCGGCCCGGCCGUCUCUGAACGGGUUCUGCUGACGGGCAGAGUGACACGCUCGCUGUGUGAGCGGGAUUCAUCAUCUGUGCAGGAAAUGGCGAUCAUGUGGAGGCCGUGAAGAGCCGAUCAAUAGAACGUCUCAGAACAGCCUGUAAGACUGAUGCAACUCCAGCGCUCGCUCACGGCAGACAAAACGCCGAGCGGCUUUUUAACGGCUCUCCAGGAAUAAGAGAUUCUGCUUUAAUCACUCAUCAAGAUUCAUUCCCUCCGAGUGAUCUACAUCAAUUUAUUUAGGAAGAUAAAUACUUCAGUUUGGUUUGAGCGCCGAAUCAAAGCAGCAAAUUUUGUGUUCUUGAAGCUGGUUUUCCAGCACUUUUUAUGGAUGUUUUACAACUUCCUUUUCCUGUUUCAUUUGAACAAACAGUCCAAGAUCUAUCAGGACGAGUUUGAAUCUUAUCUUGAAAUUUGACAUGAAUGUAUCACAAUGGUUUUAAUCUUAUUUUGAAGUUUGCCACAAAAAUGUAUGGGGACACACUUGCAUCGUAUCUUGAAAUUUGACACAAAAAUGAUUCUGGAUGGGCUUGAAUCUUAUUUUGAAAUUUGAUAUGAAUGUAUCACUAUGUUUUUAAUCUUAUUUUGAAAUGUUCCACAAGAACGUAUCAGGAUGGCAUGAAUCUUAUUUUGAAAUUCGACAAUAAUUGAUCAGGAUGGGCUUGUAUCUUAUUCUGAAAUGUCCCCAUUCCUCACACAGAAGUCUUUGAUUCUGGUCUCGUGUGUUAAACUGAGAUCUUCAUUGGACAUCAACAAAGACGUCUCUUCCUGAUCUCGCCGUGGAGUUCGCCGUUCUUCCGUCGUCGUCCCUCCCCACGUUGACGUGUCCUCUGUUGAAUCGCUUGUGGACGACAGGAGGACUUGGGGAACCUCCGUCAGACUUCAGGUCACAUGUGGACAUCUGCCAAGUUUGAAUCGGAGCCACAGAGAGCGAGUUUCUGGAGUUUUUGUGAUGUUGGUAAAUAAAGAGAUGAAGGACUCGGAACAGCUGGACUUACAGCUUUACUCCUUUAUAUGAUUUUUUUUAACAGUUUUUAUCAUUAAAAAUUAAAAACAGCCUUGAUUGCUGAUAUUUUGACCUUCUUGUGAUUUUUUUUUUUUUUAAUUGUGCGUUUCCUGUGUGUGGUUGGUUGAGUGUUUGCUGUGACCUCUGACCUCGGUCUGGUUGUGUGAAGUAUGUCAUCAUAAAGUGUUUGUUCUGGUCAAACGGAGGUUAAAUACUGUUAUAGAGGUGAUGAAGAUGAUGCUGUCUGCAUCCUGAGCUGAAAGAGUGAGCUCCUCUAACAGGAAUGGACAGAUGAGAGCUCUGGGAAAAGUAUCACUGUACUGAUAGUAUCACAAUACAGAUAGUAUCACAAUACCAAUAGUAUCACAAUACUGAUAGUAUCACAAUACUGAUAGUAUCACAAUGCCGAUGGUAUCACGAUUCCAAUAGUAUCACGAUAUC